AUGACAAUUGACACUCCAAACAUUAAAUGGAAGUCAAUUUCAUUAACUCAUGUUGAAUAUCCUGAAGGUGAUUUGGUUGGUCUGGGGUUGGCCUGGUGCUCCCUGCUGCCAAUAUUUAUCCUGGUCUCAUGUGGAACAUUGAUUGCCUUCAGAAGAGACUUACAUACAAUAUUCUUUCUGAUUGGAUUGGUUGUAGAUGAAGGCUUGAAUUUUGUAUUAAAAUCAAUCAUCCAAGAGUACAGACCUAUGUCCAGAUCGGUAAUCUUCACAGAGUAUGGAAUGCCAUCUAGCCAUGCUCAGUUUAUGUCGUUCUUUGCAGUUUACAUGGUUCUAUUUCUUUGUAUUAGAGUUCAUCACAAUUCUCCAACGGGUAUCAUCUGGAAACAUCUAUCCUGCAUAGGUGUGCUAAUUGCUGCCUUGCUCGUUUGCUAUAGCAGAGUUUACCUGCUAUACCACACAAUUGAUCAAGUUACAUGGGGUAUUGUUGCUGGCUCGGUUAUGGGUUCCAUUUGGUUCCUCAAUGUCCAUUUCAUAUUUUCUAACUAUUUUCCACUCAUUGCCUCAUGGUGUAUUAGUGAAUAUUUCAUGGUUAGAGACCUCACUCCAAUACCGAAUGUCCUUUGGUUUGAGUACUGCUCAUACAGAGCUGAAGCUAAAUCAAGGCAAAGAAUGAUAAAUAAUAAGAAGUUAUGA